AUGUCGGAAAUAUCAUGUGUUACUUCAAAUGAAGAUUAUUUUCAAUUUAUUGAAACAAACCCAAAUGAAAUAAAUUCAUCAUCAAUUGCAAAUAAUGAAAACUUUUCAAAAGAAUAUGAUUUGAGUCAAUCAAAAAUUUCAACAAGUAUCAAUAAUACACAAGAGAAUUCAAAUAAAAGUGAAAUUGUUGAUUUAAAAACGAAUAAUAAAGAAAUAAUGCUGAUGAUGAACAAUAAUUGUGUAGGAAAGUGCAUAAAAACAAGUGAAAACAUAUGUGAUGUUUCAUCAUCAAUGAUGCGAUCGAUUUCUUCUGUUUAUUGUCGAUCAUCAGUUGUUUCAUCUAAUCAAUUGGAUAAUAAAGAACGACUGACACUUGAUCGUCGUCGAUCACUUCAAGGUUUUUCUUCAAGAAAAACUCUUUCAAAUAAUUCUCAUCGUCGAUCAACGCUUGUUUCACUUAAUUUAUCAAAUUCAAAUUCAGAAAAUAACAAAAAUAAUAUUAAAAAAGUAAUUAGCGAACAAUCAAUUAAUUUAAUUAAAGAAAAUUCUUCAAAUUCUGAUUUUAAUGAAUAUUAUGAAAAAGGGAAAACAAAUAUUAAAUUAAACCUACCAAUAAAAUCAAAAAAAAAUUCGUUUCAUCGCAGUCGAAAUCGAGAUCGAGAAAAAGAAGAAAUUCUGAAAUCGCUUGAAUCCGAAACAAUUAUUGGUGAAUUUACAUUACCAACAAAUCCUCGAAUAAUUGUAUCAAUUGAACCACAAUCGAAUAAAAAAGAAAGUCUUUUAAAAGAAAAUUGUUUUCAUGAUGAUCAAAUCUAUUCACCUGAACAAAUUAAUAAUCAAUCUGAACAACGAUCGAUUAAUGAUUCAACAUUAAAAAGUUCAUCAACAAUUGUUUCAUAUUUUAUGGAUUUAUUUAAACCAAGUGAUAAUAAAUUAGCUUUAAAAUUAUUCGGCAGUCGAAAAGGUCUUCUUAAAGAACGUUUAAGACAACAACGAGCUGGCCACUGUAUUAUUCAUCCAUGUUCAAAUUUUCGGUUUUAUUGGGAUUUAAUUAUGCUAAUAUUAUUAAUAACAAAUGUUAUUGUUUUACCAGUAGCUAUUGCUUUUUUUAGUGAUGAAAUAAAUUCAGCACGGUGGAUUAGUUUUAAUGUUAUUUCUGAUGCUUUUUUUCUUUUUGAUAUAAUAGUCAAUUUUCGAACAGGUGUAUUAAGAAAUGAUUAUAUCGAUGAAAUUAUUCUUGAACCACGAUUAAUAGCAAAAAAUUAUAUAAAAACAUGGUUUAUGCUUGAUUUAGCUAGUUCGCUUCCUGUUGACUAUUUUUUCUUAUUAUUUGAUACCGGUGAACAUUCUGGAGGAUAUUCAUCGAUUGCACGUACGGGUCGUGCCAUUAAAGUUCUUCGUCUUGUUAAAUUACUCUCACUACUUCGAUUACUUCGAUUAUCACGUCUUGUCAGAUAUAUUCAUCAAUGGGAAGAGUUUUUAUCAAUAGCAAGUAUGGUUAUGCGUAUCCUUAAUUUAUUAGCAUUAAUCAUAUUAUUGGCACAUUGGAAUGGAUGUUUACAAUUUAUGAUUCCGAUGUUUCAAAAUUUUCCAUCCGAUUGUUGGGUUGCACUUAAUGCUCUACAAAAUGCUCCAUGGACAGAACAAUAUACAGUUGCUCUGUUUAAAGCACUUUCACAUAUGUUAUGUAUUGGUUACGGUCGAUAUCCACCUCAAAGUUAUGUUGAUAUGUGGUUAACUAUGCUUUCCAUGGUUAUUGGAGCCAUGUGUUAUGCAGUUACAAUUGGACAUGUUUCAGCACUUGUUCAAAGCUUCGAUACAUCGAGACGUUUAUAUAAUGAAAAAUUUAAACAAGUUGAAGAAUAUAUGGCAUGGAGAAAAUUACCACGAGAAAUGCGAAAUCGAAUAUCAGAUUAUUAUGAACAUCGUUAUCAAGGAAAAAUCUUUCAUGAAGAUUCAAUUUUACAAGAACUUUCAGAAAGAUUAAGAUUGGAUGUUGUUAAUUAUAAUUGUCGGUCACUUGUAUCAUCAGUUCCAUUUUUUUCAAAUGCUGAUCCAAAUUUUGUAUCGGAUGUUGUGACAAAAUUACGUUUCGAAGUAUUUCAACCUGGUGAUCAAAUAAUUCACGAAGGAACUAUUGGUGAUAAAAUGUAUUUUAUACAAGAAGGUGUUGUUGAUAUUAUUAAAUCAGAUGGGCAAGUUUUAACAACUUUAUCAGAUGGAUCUUAUUUUGGAGAAAUAUGUUUAUUGACACGAGCUAAACGUACCGCUGGUGUUCGUUGUGUAACAUAUUGUAAUUUAUAUUCAUUAGAUUCAAGUCAAUUUGAAACCGUUCUUGAAUCCUAUCCAUUAAUGAGAAGAACAAUUGAAUCAGUUGCUGCUGAAAGACUUAAUAAAUUAGGAAAAAAUCCUUCAAUUAUUUCAACACGGCAUGAUUUAAAACGUGAUGCAGCUGUAUUAAAAGAUAUAAUUGAUCGUGCAACACCUCAACCAUCAAGUGACGAAUCUUCAUCAUCAUCGAAAGAAGACGCUAAAUUAUUGUCAUCAUCAUUUAAGCAAUUAAAACAAAGUCAUUUGAAAAGCUCUUUUUCGUAUAUUCAUGAUCAAUUAAAUAAAUCGCAAGAUCAGUUACAAACUUCAAAUAAAAAAAAGAAAAAAAAGUCUUCAUUAGAAAAAAAAAAUUUUUAUCGUAGUUUUUUAGAUGCACCAACAUCGACAUUAAAUCUAUCAAGAGAACACCAUAAAAAUCAACUUCGAAAAUCUCCAACAAGUCCUUUAUCUCUUUUUCGUAAAAGUCCUUCAUCAACUACGUUUUUUUCUAAUCAACCGUCUUCAUAG